AGUCGUAACAGAACUUCCUGUUUCUUGCCCCGCCCCCUCAAGUGUCAACAAUGGCAGCCGAGGGAGAUUUUCUAAUGCGCUACCGAGCGGUGUCAAACAAACUAAAGAAACGUUUUCUUCGGAAGCCCAAUGUCGCAGAAGCAAGUGAACAGUUUGGUCAGCUGGCCAAGGAGCUGAAACAGCAGGACUGUCCUCAAUAUGCUGCCUUCUGUAAUCUAGCUAUGGCCCGCUGUGAACAGACUCUGUUCAACGCCCCAGGAGAGGCCCUGGCUCUGACCGACGCUGCCCGUCUCUUCCUGGCUUCAGAACAGGAAACGCGAGCACUGAGAGCUCCUGGCUUUGAUGAAAACAUGCAGGCUGCAAUGAACUGCUAUAGUUUUUCUAUUAAGGUCUAUAUUGAGAUGAAUCAGCCUGUUAUGGCCGCCAGUCUCUCACUGGAGCUUGGCAAUGCUCUGAAGGAGAUGAACAGACCAGGAGAGGCGAUAGUUCAUUUUCAGAGAGCCGCAGAAUUGCAAAUUCAGACUCCAAUUGAGGCCCUGCUGUCACUGUGGGAGAUGGCCUCCUGCAAAAUACUAACACGUGAUUAUGACGGUGCUCUUGCUGUGCUCUCCGAGAUGCAGCUGAUGUGUCAGGAGAGAGGACUACAGCUGCCCGGGACCAACACCCCUGUCGGUGCGUUUAUGGAUAUCAUAGCAAAGUGUGAAAUCUCCAGGGUAUUACUGCUUAUGCUGCUCGAGCCUCCACCUCAGAAGUUGUUACCCGAGCAUGCUCAAACACUAGAGCGAUAUGCCUGGGAGUCAUUUGAUUCGCACAGUCAGGAAAACUUCCUCCCAGAAAAUGUGUUCCUACUUCUGCAGUCAGUUGUGAUGGCCUGUCAGGAGAAGGACACAGAAUCCUUAAAGGCUCUGCAGACAGAACUAUGGCCGCUCCUUUCGGCAGAACAGAAUCAUCUCUUACACUUAGUGGUGCAGGAGAGAAUUACACCAUCUGGUCAAGGUAUAUAAUUCAGUCCACCCCCCCACAAAAAAAGCCUUUUUGGAACAUUCCCAUGUCAGACUCUUGUGAAUUCGCAUGAGGACUGUAGAAGGUCACUGGACCUAUUAAUAGUGUAUAUACACGUGUGCAAAAUUAUUAUAAUUCCUUUUAAGACAUCUAUAUUGUUUUGUCUCUAGAGUUGUUAUUUGAAGAAAUACUAGCUUUCAAUAUUUGACUGUACAUUUUGAAUUUAUUUACUGGAAUGAUAUUAUAUUAAGGCAAAAUGCCUUUGUUGUAACUUAUUUAAAGUUGUUAAAUAAUGAGGUUGUAAAUAAAAUGACAAAGGAGAUGUUUA